ACAGACACUUACAUAACCAUGACUCCAGAGUACAGGACUAAGCUGUGAAUGGACCUCCCAAAUUCUGGAAUAUGACAUUAGAACACAGCCUUUGAAUUUUUCUCUCAAGCUUGACUUGAAGAUGAGCCUCAGAAACAUCUCUCUCAAACUAGACUAUUACUUUUGGAACUUCUGUUAUUAAGUUCAUGAACUUUGAUCAUUUUAGAAUUACAAGGGAGCUCAGAAGUCUCAGAGCACGGCUGUUUGUAGAUUUAACCCAGAGACUGACUUCACCAUAGAAACACCCACAGUUGUAUCAAUGGUUGGGGCAAGAUAGUGGCAACAGGCAAAGGAAAAACAGCUCCAACAUACUAAGGACAAUGAGUAUGCUAAAACCGAGUGGGCUUAAGGCCCCUACCAAGAUCCUUAAGCCUGGAAGCACAGCCUUGAAGACACCUGCUGCUGUUGUUGCUCCAGUAGAAAGAACAACAUCCAGUGAGAAGGCAUCAGGCACACCAUCAUCGGAGGCACAAGAGGAAUUUGUGGAUGACUUUCGAGUUGGGGAGAGAGUUUGGGUGAAUGGGAAUAAGCCUGGAUUCAUCCAGUUUCUGGGAGAAACCCAGUUUGCACCAGGCCAGUGGGCCGGGAUUGUUUUAGAUGAACCCAUAGGUAAGAAUGAUGGUUCUGUGGCAGGAGUUCGGUAUUUUCAGUGUGAACCUCUAAAGGGCAUAUUCACCCGCCCUUCGAAGUUGACAAGGAAGGUGCAGGUGGAAGAUGAAGCUAAUGGCCUACAGACAACGCCUGCUUCCAGAGCGACUUCACCUCUGUCCACCUCUGCAGCUAGCAUGAUGACCUCCUCCCCAGGAGCCCCUUCGAAUAUCCCCCAUAAAUCAUCCCAGCCUACAGCAAAGGAACCGUCAACGACAUCUCAGAUCAGCAACCUUACAAAAACUGCCAGUGAAUCUAUCUCCAACCUCUCUGAGGCUGGUUCAAUCAAGAAAGGAGAAAGAGAGCUCAAAAUUGGGGACAGAGUACUGGUUGGUGGCACCAAGGCUGGUGUAGUCCGGUUUCUUGGGGAGACAGACUUUGCCAAAGGGGAAUGGUGUGGUGUGGAGUUGGAUGAGCCUCUUGGGAAGAACGAUGGGGCAGUUGCUGGAACCAGGUAUUUUCAGUGCCAACCCAAAUAUGGCUUGUUUGCUCCUGUGCACAAAGUGACCAAGAUUGGCUUCCCUUCCACUACGCCAGCUAAAGCCAAGGCUGCUGCCGUGAGGCGGGUGAUGGCGACCACGCCCGCCAGCCUGAAGCGCAGCCCUUCCGCCUCGUCUCUCAGCUCCAUGAGCUCAGUGGCCUCCUCCGUGAGCAGCAAGCCCAGCCGGACAGGAUUAUUGACUGAAACCUCCUCCCGUUACGCCAGGAAGAUCUCCGGCACCACUGCCCUCCAGGAGGCCCUGAAGGAGAAGCAGCAGCACAUUGAGCAGCUGCUGGCUGAACGGGAUCUAGAGAGGGCGGAGGUGGCCAAGGCCACAAGCCACGUGGGGGAAAUAGAGCAGGAGCUAGCUCUGGCCCGGGACGGACACGACCAGCAUGUCCUGGAAUUGGAGGCCAAGAUGGACCAGCUGCGAACAAUGGUGGAAGCUGCUGACAGGGAGAAGGUGGAGCUUCUCAACCAACUUGAAGAGGAGAAAAGGAAGGUGGAGGACCUGCAGUUCCGGGUUGAGGAAGAAUCCAUCACAAAAGGAGAUCUUGAGCAAAAGAGCCAGAUUUCUGAAGAUCCUGAGAAUACGCAGACCAAACUGGAGCAUGCCCGCAUUAAGGAGCUUGAACAGAGCCUGCUCUUUGAAAAGACCAAAGCUGACAAACUCCAGAGGGAGUUAGAAGACACUAGGGUGGCUACAGUGUCGGAAAAGUCCCGUAUAAUGGAACUAGAAAAAGACCUAGCGUUGAGAGCGCAGGAGGUAGCUGAGUUGCGGAGGCGGCUAGAGUCCCAUAAGCCUGCUGGGGAUGUUGACAUGUCACUCUCCUUUUUGCAAGAGAUAAGCUCUUUGCAAGAAAAAUUGGAAGCCGCCCAUGCUGACCACCAGAGAGAAAUCAUUUCUCUGAAGGAACAUUUUGGAGCCUGCGAAGAAACACAUCAGAAGGAGAUAAAGGCUCUUCAGGCUGCCACAGAGAAGCUUUCCAAAGAGAAUGAGUCGCUGAAAAGCAAGCUUGAUCAUGCCAACAAGGAGAAUUCGGAUGUGAUAGCCCUGUGGAAGUCCAAGCUGGAGACGGCCAUCGCGUCUCACCAGCAGGCGAUGGAAGAGUUGAAGGUGUCCUUCAGCAAGGGGGUCGGAAUGGAGACCACGGAGUUUGUGGAGUUAAAAACACAGAUAGAGAAGAUGAGGCUAGAUUACCAGCACGAAAUAGAGAACCUUCAGAACAAACAAGACUCGGAAAGGUCUGCUCACACUAAAGAGAUAGAAGCCCUCCGGGGUAAGCUGAUGGCAGUCGUUAAAGAGAAGGAGAGCAGCCUGGAAGCCAUCAAGGCGAAGCUGGACAAAGCGGAAGACCAGCAUCUAGUAGAGAUGGAGGACACCUUAAGCAAAUUGCAGGAAGCUGAGACAAAGGUAAAGGAGCUAGAGGUACUACAAGCCAAAUGCAAUGAACAAACCAAGGUUAUUGAUAAUUUUACAUCACAGCUCAAGGCUACCGAAGAAAAGCUCUUGGAUCUUGAUGCACUUCGGAAAGCCAGUUCCGAAGGUAAAUCGGAAAUCAAGAAACUUAGACAGCAGCUUGAGGCAGCUGAGAAACAGAUUAAAAAUUUAGAGAUUGAAAAGAAUACUGAGAGUGGCAAGGCUAGUAGCAUUACCAGAGAGCUGCAGGGGAAAGAUCUAAUACUUAAUAACCUUCAGAAAAACUUGAGUGAAGUCAGUCAAGUGAAAGAGGCUUUGGAAAAAGAACUUCAGAUUUUGAAAGAAAAGUUUGCUGAUGCUUCGGAGGAGGCAGUCUCUGUUCAGAGAAGCAUGCAAGAAACUGUAAAUAAGUUACACCAAAAGGAGGAACAGUUUAAUGCACUGUCUACUGAAUUGGAGAAGUUGAGAGAAAAUUUAACAGAUAUGGAGGCAAAAUUUAGAGAGAGAGAUGAAAGAGAAGAACACUUGAUAAAGGCAAAGGAAAAGUUAGAAAAUGACAUUGCAGAAAUCAUGAAGAUGUCCGGAGAUAAUUCUUCUCAGCUGACAAAAAUGAAUGAUGAGUUACGUCUGAAAGAAAGAAAUGUAGAAGAAUUACAGCUGAAACUGACGAAGGCGAAUGAAAAUGCAAACUUUCUGCAGAAGAGUAUUGGGGAAGUAACUCUCCAAGCAGAACAGAGCCAGCAGGAAGCAGCUAAAAAGCACGAGGAAGAAAAGAAAGAGCUUCUGAGGAAAUUGUUGGACCUGGAAAAAAAGGUGGAAAUGAGCCACAACCAGUGCCAGGAUCUGAAAGCCAGGUUUGAGGAAGCCAGUUGUGACAUGAAGGCGAAGCACGAAGCAGUCCUGCAGAACCUGCAUAAGAUGCUGUCGGACACAGAGGAGAGGCUGAAGGCUGCACAGGAGAAGAACAGUGACUUGCUGCAGGAGAUGGUGGAACUGAAAAAGCAAGCCGACAAAGCCAAAUCGCUAACUUAUUUGUUAACAUCAGCCAAAAAAGAAAUUGAACUAAUGUCAGAAGAGCUGAGGGGUCUGAAAUCAGAGAAGCAGCUUCUUGCACAGGAGGGGAAUGCUUUAAAGUUAGAAAAAGGUUCACUUUUAUCAAAGCUGGUAGAGGUGGAGGCCAAAAUAACUUUACUUCAGGAAGAUCAACAGAAACUGUGGUUGGUAAAUGAAACUCUUCAUUUAGAAAAAGAGAAAGCCUUAGAAGAAAAGCAAGAUGCUGAAAAGCUUCAUCAGCAGGAACAGCUCCAUAAAGAAGCUUUGGUGGUUGAGAGAGAGCAAUUACUACGAGAAGUCAAUAUUGCACAGGCAGAACUUUUGAAGAUCAGUAAGGAAAAUGACUCUUUGCAGCUUUCCAGAGCAAGCUUGCAGGCACUCGUAGAAGAGCUCCACCUUAGCAAAGAUACUUUGAUUGCUGAGUCUAAGAAAGAUCAGGAAGAAAAAGAUCACCUGGAGGAUCAUAUCAAGAAGCUCGUUACUGAAAAUCUUGCCUUGGCUAAAGAUAAAGAUGAAAUUAUUCAGAAGCUCCAGAGCUCUUAUGAGGAACUAGUCAAAGAUCAGAAAACCUUGGUGCAGGAGAUUGAAGAUCUCACGACUGAGAAAAAGUCAGCUUUGGAGAAGCAGUCAGGUCUUGAUAACAUGUGCAUAGCCUUGAAAGUGGAAAGAGAAAAUCUUCUCCAAAGCAGCAAAGAUCUGCAGUUUGAGAAGGACAUGCUUCUUCAAGAUCGAGAAAAGCUGAGUGCCAGCUUGGAGGCUGCCAUCCAGAUCAAGCAGCUGCUCAGCACGGAAGCCAGUGGGCUCCGCACACAGCUGGACGAUGCCCAGCGGGCUCUGAGAAAGGAUGAGCUGGAGAUGAGGCAGCUUCAGGCUACAAAUACCAGCCUCAGCAAGCUCCUGGAAGAAAUCAAGACCAGUCGGGAGAUCACAGACUCAGAGUGCAUCCAGCUUCUGCAUGAAAAAGAAACCUUGGCUUCAUCCGAGAGAAGACUCUUGGCUGAAAAAGAAGAACUUCUAAGUGAAAACAGACUUGUCACUGAAAAACUGAAGAAAUGCUCAGAAGAGGCCACCCAAAUCGAAGUGAGCCUGAACGAGAAGAUCACUUACCUGAUUUCUGAGAAGGAGGUGGUAUGUCAGAAAAUUGCAAAACUCAAAAAGCAGCAUGACAGUCUCUUGAAAGAAAAGUCGGUCUUGGAAAUGCAAAAUGGAGAUUUGCUUGCAGAAAGAGAGAAUUCCAUGAAAACCAUGGGAGACCUCAAACGGAAAUAUGAUCAGGAGUCUGCCAACAGAAGAAUCAUCGUGCACGAGAAGAUGAAACUCCUCGGUAAUCUCGACACUCUGAAGAAGGAGCUUCAGGAGAGGAAAAGGGAAAACCAGGAGCUGGCGGCCACCAAGUGUGAUCUCUCUCUGAUGUUGAAAGAGGCUCAAAAUGCCAAGAAGAGUCUAGAAAAAGAGCACACGAGCAUCCUGCAAGCAAAGGAGAGUCUGAAUGCUGAACUUCAGACUUGCUGUUCGGAAAAGAGCAUCUUGCUACGGGAUGGGCUGAGCCUGCAAGAAGAGUGUCAGAGACUAAACGAGGAGAUCCACACAAUACAGCAGUCCUUCAUCCUGGAAAAAGAAGCCAGAGCACAGGAAAACGAGUCCUCCCUGUAUGAAAACAAUAAACUUCACGGGAGGGUGGUGCUCCUAGAGCAGGAGCUGGAAGAAUUAAGAGGGUGUACGAAGCAGCUGCAGUCUGAAAAGUUUGCACUCGUCCAAGAGAAGACCAAGUCUGAGCAGAAAGUGGUAGAGAUAAUUAAGGAGAAGGAACUCUUGAGUGCAGAAACGGCCCAGCUUGCUGCCAAUAUAGAGACUCUAAAGAGUGAUUUUGCCACCUUGUCCAAGUCCAAGUUAGAGCUGCAGGAGCUGCACAGCUACCUCACCAAGAUCUUGGAUGACCUCCGGCUGAAGCAUGAGAUGACUCUGGCUGAUCGCAUCAGGGUGGUGCAGGACAACAAGAACCUCUUGGCCGAGAAGAGAGACAUGAUGCUGACGAAGGAGGAGCUCCUGAAGGAGAAGGAGAAGCUGGCAGAAAGCUACUUCAUCCUUCAGAAAGAGAUUAGCCAAUUGGCCAAAACCAACAGCCAUAUCUCAGCCAACCUCCUAGAAUCUCAAAAUGAAAACCGUAUUUUGAGGAAAGACAAGAGCAAGCUCACUCUUAAAAUUAGAGAGCUCGAGACUCUUCAGUCAUUUACGGCUGCUCAAACGGCAGAAGACGCCAUGCAGAUAAUGGAACAGAUGACCAAAGAGAAGAGCGAAACUCUGGCCUCCUUGGAGGAUACCAAGCAAACAAAUGAAAAACUACAGAAUGAAUUAGAUACACUUAAGGAAAACAACUUGAAGAACGUGGAAGAGCUGAACAAAUCAAAAGAACUUCUGACGGUAGAGAACCAAAAAAUGGAAGAGUUUAGGAAAGAAAUAGAAACCCUCAGGCAGGCAUCAGCUCAGAAGUCCCAGCAGCUUUCGGCUUUGCAAGAAGAGAACGUGAAACUUGCUGAGGAGCUGGGGAGAACCAGGGACGAAGUCACGGGUCAUCAGAAGCUAGAAGAAGAGAGAUCUGUGCUCAAUAAUCAGUUGUUAGAAAUGAAAAAGAGAGAAUCCAAGUUAAUAAAGGACGCAGAUGAAGAAAAAGCUUCCUUGCAGAAAUCCAUCAGUAUUACUAGUGCCUUACUCACCGAAAAGGAUGCAGAGCUGGAAAAACUGAGAAAUGAGGUCACAGUGCUCCGGGGAGAGAGCGCCUCCGCCAAGUCCUUGCACUCGAUCGUUCAGUCUCUAGAGUCUGAUAAGGCAAAGCUUGAACUCCAGGUGAAGAACUUGGAACUUCAACUCAAAGAAAACAGAAGGCAGCUCGGCAGCUCCUCAGGUAAUACUGAUACUCAGGCAGAGGAGGAUGAAAGAGCCCAGGAGAGUCAGCAAAUGAUUGAUUUCCUCAAUUCAGUAAUAGUGGAUCUUCAGAGGAAGAAUCAGGACCUCAAGAUGAAGGUGGAGAUGAUGUCAGAAGCAGCCCUUAAUGGGAAUGGUGAUGACCUAAACAAUUAUGACAGUGACGACCAGGAGAAACAGUCCAAGAAGAAACCUCGCCUUUUCUGUGACAUAUGUGACUGCUUCGACCUCCACGACACUGAGGACUGCCCCACCCAGGCGCAGGCAUCAGAGGACCCCCCCCACUCCACACACCACGGCAGUCGGAGCGAGGAGCGCCCGUACUGUGAAAUCUGUGAGGUGUUUGGGCACUGGGCCUCCCACUGCAAUGAUGACGAGACCUUCUGACGGAACCCCCAGCCGCGCGCCAGGCUCCUCAGACGCACUAGGAUGUAGGCGACGGACCACCAGCAUCGUGUGUGCAGACUUCAGGAGAGCUCACAUUAUUUUUGACCCCCAUCAACAAAUCUAAAAAAAAAUAUUUUGAUCUUCACUAAAUCACCCUUUUAGACUCCCCUUAGAAGUUAAAAUAAUAAACACCUAGUAGGUGAGUUUUCACCUCUAAUUUUCUCAUCUUGAUUUUUAAAAGUUCCAACAAGACAUUGCACCAGAUGCCAAUUACAUCUACUGUCCCAAGGGAAACCUCCUAGAACAAUCCCUAUCCUCACAAUACCUUAUUUAAGUAACUUUAAAUUAUGCUGUUACUUUUCAUAUUUGCACUAAAAUUUUUCCAGGCUGCAUUUGUAUAUUUAGAUGUUUGGGUUAAGCUUUGACACUGGAAUGAGUUGGAAAAAUGUGCCAUUUUGCAUUUUCAUCUACUCAUUUAAAGUAUUUUAUUCUUAAAGAAGUAUCUUUGAGCUCUUUGCACUACCUGACGUCAGUAGUGCCUUUAUUUCAGGCUUGAUAAUACUUAGGUGUGAUUAUAAAAUCAUGAAACAGGUAAAGGGAGGGGGAAGCCCUAAACUGCUGUGGGGACAUUUUAGAAUCUAUAUGCUGCACCUACUCAUUCUACUGUGGUGUUUUGUUCAUUGGUUUUGCAUAAUUUCAGCUUCUAUAUAUUAUAUGUAUAUAUUUUUUAAAAAUCUGUAUUUUGGGAGAAAACACAAUGUCUUUCUUUUCAGAUUUUUACCUUUAUGAAAAAGAAAACACAUUAGGACAUAAUGGACUAGGCCAGAAAAUAACAUCACGUGGCUUUGCAACUAUUUUUCCUGUUUUCAUUUUGUUUCUUUUAUAAGAAAUAAAUAACUGGGAGGAUUUUUCUCCAAAUUUGUUUCUUCAGCAGAUAUCCCCAGCAGUCAUUUAACUAGAUAAUAAGCCACUAUAAAACACCUAAAUUAACUAGUCUACAACCUUUACAAGUUUUUUUUUACUGUGUUUUUAGAUGAAUGUACGAUGAGAAAUUCAACGUUAAUAAUUUUGGAUUUUAUUAUCACAAAAAAUAAAAUGAAGGACCUCAACCAUCAGAAGUUUUAUCAACCAGUUUGAAUCUAUUUAUCUUCAUUUGAAUGUCUUCUAGAAUAUGUAAAAAGUAAUAAAUGUAUCUUCCAUGCUAUGUGUACAAUAAGAACUUCUAUAAUUGUAUAUAAGCAUUUGAUGUAUUUUUCUCCUCAAGAUUAUCAAAUGUGUGUCUGACAAGUGAAAAAUCUGUAAUGAGUUGAAAGUUUUGGUUUUAAACAUAAUAGAAAGUGUUUCACAAACAAAAUGUAAAGCAGUAUUAAAAUUUGAGCAAACAAG